AUGACCGAGGACGGCAGACCAGUUGUGAUCGAUUCCGGAGCACUUUACACACGUGUAGAUUUCGCUGGUAAUGAUGUGCCAAGUGUAACAGUGCGAACGGCGUCUGAAACGCCUGUAAACGGCGUCAGCGUGGAGACCGAUCCCGGUCGCAGCGCCGGUGCGAUUCCGGACUGGGAGAGGCUCGCUGGUUUCUGGGACUCGGUUCUGACGGAGAGUCUUGGGACCAGGGCAGAGAAUCAGCCACUCUUGGUCGUUGAUUGGGCAGAGUCAACGAAGUUCUCCAGGGAGCUUCUGGCACAAGUCGCUUUCGAAACACUGGGCGUGCCGGCGCUUUACCUCGCAGCACCUGCAGUUCUCGCACUAUACGCUGUCAACCGAACAACGGGCUUAUCUAUUGACGUAGGGCAUACGAGUUUGCGGAUCGCGCCUGUGUACGAGGGUUUCCAGUUUGGAUACGCGACGACCACGCUGCCGAUCGGUGGAAUCGAUAUCGAAGCAAGGCUCAGAACGCUCGUUCUUGAAACGCACAUCGGGGAUGCGACCACGACACGAGCGUUAGACACGCUUGACUGGCGCGUACUAAAAGAGGCCGUUUCAGAAGUCCGGCCGAAGCAAGGCGUAGACGGCGAAACGUCAACGUUCACUGCCAAGCAAUAUGCAGUGGUCGAGGGGCGCAGCAUCCUCGUCACCCCGGACCAGUACCUCGGCUGCACCGAGAUGCUUUUCACGCCGGCGACCUCUCCCGAUGGGAAAAACAGGAGCACAUUCACGGAGAGGGUUCAUCUAGCGCUUAUGCAAUGCGAGCCGGAUAUUCGGCGAGAACUUGCCGCGAAUAUAAUGUUAUAUGGAGGUGGCGCUGCGCUCAAAGGACUCGCAGAACGUCUUCGUAGUGAGCUCGUUGACGUAUUGCCGUCGUCUAUGCAUCCGAAUGUCGCUGUUGCGCAUGACCCUUCGACCGUCGCUUGGCGUGGGGGAUCGAUUCUUGCCUCCAUAACGAUGUUUCAGCAGUUGUGGGUCACGAAGCAAGAUUAUAACGAACAUGGGCCGCUCUGCAUUCUGCGAAAAGAUACGAUGCGAUGA